UUAUAAAAUACAUUUUAUAUAUUUAAAAUGAUCCGUUUAAAAAGUAUUUUAAUAUUUCUAGCAAGUUGGUGUUUUUUCCAUAAAAUCGUCUCAUUCGGUGUUAAGUUCACCUCUUGCAAUUAUGAAGAGGAUUAUGAACAGGAUUUUGACAUGACUCCGCCAGAUUCUCUGGAGCGAGAUGAGGACUUCCACGACGAUAUUCCGUACUAUAACGAGUGGAACGAGAAAAUGACCGACUUCCACCCGAAAUCGCUUCUUUCAGUUAUUGUCCCGCCCAAAUCCAGUGAAACCUUUUACGAAACUGUUUUCAAACAGCCCACAACCAUCAAGGGCAUGUUCUUCACUACCUCCAAAGAUGAUUAUCUAAGCGUUCAAGUCGUCGUUAAAUCCCCCGUCAACCAAGUAUUGUAUACGAAUGACUCGCCUGAGGGUUUGUUUUCGGUUGACGCGAACAUGGUCGGGGAUUAUGAAAUAUCUCUGACAAACACGCACUGGAUGACUCCGGUGUCAGUGACCUUUGCCACUGGCACUGACGAUCACUCGAUUUUGAAGACUGAGCAUGUGGAGAACACCUUUAACAGGGUUAAGAAGCUUGAGGAACACAUUGAUAACAUUUACUCCCAGUUUAGAUACUUUUGGACUCACAAUAACAGGCAAAUGAACGCGACUAAAAAGGCCCAAGGCAGAUUACUUCUCUACGCGCUACUUCAAUUCACUGUUAUUCUCCUUUGCUCACUCGUUAGCAUUUGGUACGUAAAGAAAAGCGUUUCCAAUAAACGAAUUCUCUAAAUUUACUACACAUUUUA